AAAACCCACACACACAUCAGAGAACUCACACUGGUGAGAAACCCUAUGAACAUAAUGAGUGUGGGAAGUCCUUCAGCCAGAGCUCAUCAUUUAUUAAACAUAAAAGAAUACACACUGGAGAGAAACCCUCUGAGUACAAAGUUACAAUGAAAGAAAGCCUUCUGAAAUUGGUCAGCUCUUAUUCAGCAUCACAAAUACACACUGGAGAGAAACCAUAUGAAUGUAAUGAGUGUGGGAAAGGCUUUGGCCAAAGAUCAUCCCUGACUCAUUAUCAGAGGACUCAUAAUGGAGAAAACGUCUUUAAAUGUGUUGACUGUGAGAAGGCUUGCAGAGACCACUCUGCUCUCAGAAGUCACUACAGAACUCACACUGGAGAGAACCCGUGCAGGUGUAAUGCAUGUGAGAGAGCCUUCAGCCAGAGUUCACACCUUACCAUACAUCAAGUAAUCCACACCAGAGAGAAGCCUUAUGAAUGUAAUGAACGUGGGAAGGCCUUUAGCCAGAGUGCAAAACUUGCCAAACAUCAGAAAACUCACACUGGAGAGAGACUCUGUAAAUGUAACCAGUGUGGGAAAGCCUUCAGCCAGAGUUCACACCUUACCACACGUCAGAUAAUACAUACUGGAGAGAAACCCUAUGAAUGUGGUAAAUGUGGUAGUCUUUAGCCAGAAUGCAAGUCUCACCAAACACCAAAAGAAUGCUCACUGGAGAAAGACCCUGUGCAUGUAGUGAGUGUGAAAAGCCUUCAGCCAGAGUUUAGUUCUUUUAAGCAUCUGCCAACUCACACUGCCUAGAAAUUUCGUGAAUGUGAUGAGUACUAAUGACUUCUGGUAAAUAUCAGUCACCACCAGAUAUCAAAGAUUUUAACAUAAGGAAAGUUUAUGUAAGAUUUGACAUUUCAUGAAAGGUCAGCAAGUUAAUAUUCUGAGCAAGAGAGCACUAAAUAAAUUUUGUGAGUUACUGUACUUGAGGACAGGUAUUGUGUGGUUCUGAUAUUCCCUAGCAGCUUUUUCUUAGGGCUUUAUACAGUGACUCUGUAGUAAAUGCUUGUAUCGUUAAUAGAUUUUUGGUCAGAUUUGUUGUACUCCCAUCCUCAGAAACUUUUUUAGGCUUUUAAAAAUAGGAAUGCCCCAACUGGAAAUAGAAUCACCCAAAUAAAAUUGAGAAACUGCUUUUAAUUAGGAAGAGCAUCUCAAAUUCUGUAUCUACAGUUUCUAUUCAGAGAAGCCAGGAAUCCAGGUAUCUAUCACAUGGGUCUUCUCCACCAUAACAGAGACAAUACCAGAGGACCUGCAGGAGCAAGAGGAUAACUUUUAAAUAGCCGAUCCCUUUAACAGAGCAAUUCCAUCACUAUGCUUCUCUUUACCUUCUCAUCCCCAACACCACGAGGUUUUAUCUAAGGAAAGACGCAUGGACAGAGAGUGAUUUUCAAGAUUUAUUUCACAAAAAUAGAUUCUACAGGAUGUAAGCAUGUACUCUUUGAAGUCUAUCUUCUCCCCUUUGAACAUACCAGUGAGCAAGUAGAAGAUUGGGAAAGAUAAAGAUACUAAAUCUCCAAGCCUAUUUCUUAUUACUUUGCACUUGGUUUACAAUGUCAUUUUAAGAGAUUCGGCCUUAGGUAGAAAGGUAAGAUGAUAAUAAAUCAGAUUUCCCCUGAAAUACCCACAACAUAGAAGAAUAAAACCAGAAAUCACCUAAACAUGAUGGAACUGGGAGACUUGGUUUACUCCUUCUGUUCCUUCACAGAACUGCUCUGCUUCCUCCUUAAACUUUAUUUCUAUUUAGUUUUAGUUGACUGUUAAUCAGUGUAAGUUCAAAUACAACUUAAAAUAUACUCUAGAUUGUAUGGCACUGCAACCAUUACAAUACAGCCAAACACUGACAACAGAAAUAGCUUCAAUAUAUUGUACAAAAAUUAUUUCUCUAAAUCUUUAGGUCAAUAUUCAGUGAUAAUAAAUGGAAAAUACAACUUAAACUUCAAUUAACUUCAAUUUAAGCUAUCCAUUGAUGGGUUAAUGACAUUGUGGUUAUUUUGAUACGGUUCUAACAACUGGUAUUUUGGGCGGUUUGAGUAUGUAAAAGUCAAUAAUGCUGGUUUUCAUUUGCAAAAUCUGUUAGUUAACAAAUC